AUGACGGGUGGCCCCGGACGAAGUUUCCACGACGAGGAUUGGGCCAACAUGACGCUGCCCCCGCAGGAGGAGAGCGAGGUGUACUGCCGGAUGCUGCUGGAGGCGCCGGUGCCCCCACCUGCCGACCAGGUGCCGUGGUUCUGCAUCUGCACCCGCUGUCAAGGGACGCUGGGGCCCAAAGGAGACCGAGGAGACAGGGGCCCGUCAGGUAGUCCAGGGAGUCCUGGCCGGAGAGGACUGACAGGGUUCAGAGGUCGUCCAGGGUUCGUUGGAAGACAGGGAAUAAAAGGACAGAAAGGAGACGAGGGGGAGAAAGGAGACCGUGGCUUCGAGGGACACAUGGGCGCCAAAGGAGAGCGAGGCUUCAAAGGUGAUAAAGGGGAGCAUGGUGUUGAGGGCCCCACAGGGGAGCAGGGUCCUAAAGGAGAUGAUGGCAUCUGUCCUGAUGCCUGUGAGAUGGUACUGGGUCCUCCGGGACCUCCGGGUCUCUCCGGCCCCACCGGCCCCAGAGGUCUGCCUGGAGUCAGGGGCCCCGGAGGGCCCCCGGGCCCUAAAGGAGAUCCUGGCUCUGUGGGGCUCCCUGGAACUCCAGGAGCACCUGGACUGAAAGGAGAGCUGGGCGCUAAAGGUGAGUGUACCUGUCAGGACGGAGCGGUGGGGAGUCAAGGGGAGAAAGGCAAGAAGGGUGAGCUGGGAGAAAAGGGGCAGAUGGGCCCCGAGGGGCAGAAAGGUGACACGGGGCAGAAGGGAGAUUUGGGGCAGAUGGGAUGGGUGGGUCCUCCGGGUCCGUGUAUGCCGAGCAUCAAGUCUGCGUUCUCAGCCGGCCUGAGGGGCAUCUUCCCCCCACCCAAUACCCCUGUCAUCUUCUCCAAUCUUCUGUACAACCUCCAGGGGCAUUACGACCCCACCCAGGGCAUCUACACCGCCCCUGUCAAUGGGACUUAUGUCUUCAGCUACCACCUCACCGUCUUUGAGCGCGUCCUCAAAGUCGGCCUCUUCCACAACUUUGUCCCGGUGGUGAAGACGACUGAGCCUGCAGAGCUGGGCACCGCCACGCAUCAGGUGGUCCUUCACCUGGCCCGCAGCGACCGCGUGUGGCUGCAGGUUAAAGACGCCACCACCAAUGGCAUGUAUGUCAGCAACGAGGCCAGCAGCACCUUCUCAGGAUUCCUGCUCCACCCUGACACAUGUGACCCGCCCAUGAGCAGAGAACCCAUUCUCCCGAUGCCCCACGGUGAUGCCACGUAUGACUGGGGCAUCCUCCCGGGCCCCAACACCACCCUCAUCCCGCCUGCUGACUCUGAGGAAUAA